AUGGCGACACCAAGUCUGAACGACUUCCCCAAGCCAACGUCUAUCACCGGCGGCUGCCUCUGCGGCGCAAUCCGGUAUAAGGUCGAUUUUCCUGCCGAACACGACUUUUUGAAAGCGAGCACAAGCUGUCAAUGCACGCAGUGCCGUCGUAACACAGGAACUCUGGUCCUGUUUUCUCAUGCCGUUCUGUCCACAGCCGUGACCUACCUGACCCCGACAACUACUCUCAAGAAUUUCAACGCCAGCCCAGGCAUCCAGCGCGGGUUCUGCGUGGAAUGUGGAAGCUUCGUCUACUGGAGAGACGAAUCACAGGAAGAAGUCUACAUGACUAUCGGCUGCAUCGACCCUGAGUAUCUUAUGGGGGAGGAGGGCAAGACUGAAGGCUUUGGGUUCGCGCUGGUCAACGGCUCAGGGGACAAUGUCUUCUGCGAGAAUGAGCUCAAGGGCGUCAGGGAGGGCUGGGUCGGCAAGACUGGCAAGCGGUGGCAGAAGGGUACCUCUUAUGGCGUACUGAUGCCUUGA